UUUUUAUUUUUUUUUGAAGUCGUUUUCGUCUUGGUGGGACACCUUGGAACACACAACAUCACGAUGAUACUGCACUGUACAAGACUGACACAAGGCCCGCCGAGCCUACUAUUCUCGAGAAUCAAUCGAGCAGGAAACGCUCUGAAUUCAUAUAAUUCAUUGACGAGGCCGCUGUUACGACGAUACCAGUGCAAUCUCCGGCCACCGCCUGGAAUACCCCAGCCAGCGAAACAUCGAAAACCAAUCCUGAGCUGCUGGAGUAGCGGUGCCUGUGCCGGCGUUGGCUCCUGUGUUCCGAGCCUGCGACGCGGCCUGGCACAAGGCGGAAAAGUGUUGGUCAAAAAUGUUAAAGCUGUCCCGGUGCAGGCCCGUCUUAAAAUGGGCAAGUCCGAGUUUGGGCGUCUGCUCCGUUUGGUCGCGUCGGAGAAGUGGGUGCUAUUAACGGGUGUCGCCUGCCUGGUGGUCUCCUCGGCCAUCAGCAUGUCGGUGCCGUUCUUUCUGGGAAAGGUGAUCGAUAUGGUGUUCAACAAGAGCGGCAUGAAUAGUGCGGCCCUCGACGGUCUUCAACAAUACUCCUUGAUGCUCUUCUUUAUCUUCGUUUUGGGCGGCCUGGCCAACUUUGCCCGUGUCUAUCUGUUCGGCAAUGCCUCUCUGCGCAUUGUGCGACUGCUCCGCUCCCGCCUAUACCGAUCGAUGCUCAUGCAGGAGGUGGGCUGGUUCGACACGAAGGGCACUGGGGAACUUAUCAAUAGACUGAGCAACGACACCUACAUGGUGGGCAAUUCGCUGAGCCAAAAUGUCUCCGAUGGUCUGCGCUCUGUGGCCAUGAUUACAGUCGGUAGCGGCAUGAUGAUUUACACGUCGCCACAGCUGGCCUUGGUCAGUGCGCUUGUGGUGCCGGCCAUGGCUGGCAUGGCCAUUGUGUAUGGACGCUAUGUGCGGCGCAUCACCAGAACGGAACUGGACAAGUAUGCGGAGAUAAUGAAGUAUGCCGAGGAGCGAUUCGGCAAUGUGAAGACGGUAAAGACGUUCUGCAGGGAGCAGCAGGAAGUUACCGCCUUCGACGAGAAGCUCAAUGAGGCGCUGCAAAUUGGCUACAAGGAGACACGCGCCAGAUCCAUUUUCUUUGGCCUGACGGGUUUCUCGGGGAACUUUAUCAUCAUAUCGGUGCUGUACUACGGCGGCACCCUGGUACUUGACAAUUCGCUGACCAUCGGCGCCCUCACCUCCUUCAUGCUGUAUGCCGGCUAUGUGGCCGUCUCCAUGAACGGGCUGUCCAAUUUCUACAGUCUGCUGAACAAGGGACUUGGCGCCUCGGAGCGCAUUUGGGAGAUUCUCGAUCGAAAAUGCAGCAUACCCAUUGACACGGGCCUCGUGCCGACGUCCAAGCCCGUUGGCGAGAUCGGCUUCCACGGGGUCAACUUCAACUUCCCCUCGCGACCCGACAGCUUUGUUCUUAAAGACUUCACGCUCAGUCUGAUGCCCGGCCAGACAACGGCCAUCGUUGGGCGAUCCGGAUCGGGCAAGACGACGAUAGCCCUGCUCCUGUUGCGCCUGUACGAUCCCCAGGGGGGGAGCGUCACGCUGGAUGGAAUGGAUCUCCGCACCGUCAAUCCCCAGUGGCUGCGCAACAACGUGGGCGCUGUCAGCCAGGAGCCAGUGCUGUUCUCUGGCACGAUACGAGAGAACAUUCUGUACGGCGUGAAUCCCGGCGAGGACCAAAGCGAGGAGCUGCUUCAGCGCGUGGUCGAGGAGGCCAACAUAGGACAAUUUACCAGCAAACUGCCAGAUGGCCUCAAUACGCUUGUGGGCCAGCGCGGCAUGAUGCUCAGCGGUGGCCAGAAGCAGCGAGUGGCCAUUGCCCGGGCACUGAUAAAGAAUCCCACCAUACUUCUGCUGGACGAGGCGACCAGUGCCCUUGACGCCGUCUCCGAGCAGCUGGUGCAGAAUGCCCUAGACCGGCUCAUCAAGGGACGCACCGUGCUGACAAUUGCCCACCGGCUGAGCACGAUCCGGAAUGCGGACAAUAUUGCUGUGCUGGAUGGGGGUCGGAUCGUGGAGCAGGGCACCUACGACACCCUGAUGCGCAUUGAGGAGGGCGCAUUUCGGGAGCUGGUGGCCAGCCAGGCCUUUGGGGGUCGACCCUCGUGAUUGUUUUGAAUAUUCUACACACUUUGGGGGGUGUAGGAUUAGAUAAUAUGGUGUUGGAUUAGAUGUGGUGUGUGAUUUGCCGCCAUCGCCUGCCACACGGCUUGCUGGUGGCUGGCGCUCUUUGUUGGCCCACUCAAGACCCGUCGGGGAUUGGGUCGGGGGAUUGAGGCUAUGUGUUCAAAUAUCAAAAUGCUUUAUUUAGCCUAGUAAAAUACAGAAUUGACCAUGUUAAAUGAGAGAGAGAGAGAAGUUCGUUCCUUUAAUUCGGAUUCAGGUGUUGCUGGCCAGCAGCAGUCCGCUCUUGGAUUGGAUUGGAUUGGGUUAUGUCAUCGUAUCGGUUUUAUCAUUUUUCAAAACUUUUUUCUGUUUCGUUUCGUUUUGCAAGUCAGUUUUUAAUUAAUUAAUUUCCUUUAUAUUUUCAUCUUAAGUCUAAUAAACAGGCACAAAAAUAAAUGCAAUAAUUUCUUUGUAUCUAGGUUCUAAA